AUGACUAUGAUUCUGAAUUCUUGCACACCCACCUCUGCAAACAGGUGGUAUCUGUUAUCAGGGCUCCAAGCCUCCUUCUAUGUAGUCCUCUUCAUCAUCUGUGCAGCCUCUGUAUCUUGCUCCCCAUCUCAAAUCUCCUACCUUGAUCACUGUUCUUCCAUUGUCCCAGAAUUUCCCCCCACUGUUCGGGAGUUCUCCACCUUGCUGUUUCCCGGAACCCAAAAUGGAUACUGUCAUGGGGGAGAUGGAAUUUUAAGCCAGGAUUCCUCUGACUACUCGGCAAGCUUCUCUAAACUUCUGGCAUUGCAGACCCGGAAAAUAUACAGAACUGAGGCUGAAGGUGUUUUCAAGGUGGAAGGGAGUCUGAACCUCCAAAGCAAUAAUAGGUAUUACUAUGGGGAAGAUUUGAGAGAGAUGGAGAAUUCCUAUUCUGGGGUUCUGCCUACAAGCUUUUGGGGUGGUUCAGUGACCUUUCUUCUACAUGGGUUCUGGUCAGAAUCUUCUGGGAAGCUUUGCAUGGUGGGAACAGGCUCUGCCUACUCCAGAGAAGGUGAGUUGCUUGAUCUUGCUGCCGUGCUCAAGCUCAAUAACGUAAAAAAUCUGAGCACUGUUACUGACUUGGUUGGUGGGACUUUAGAGAGCUUGAAUUUGGCUAGUGAUUCCAAUUACUUUGAACCAAUUUCCAUGUUGGUGUUUCCUCAAAUGAAUUACAAGUACACUUUGGUUUCUGAGGUCGGUUUGGAGUCAAAUAUCAGUAUCUGUUCAAUGCUUUCAAGGCCAGAUAAUUGGUUUGAAUUGGAGUAUCCACUUGACUGCUAUUCUCUGCAGAAUUGCACUCCUUUUGGUGGGGAAAUUGGAUAUCUUCCCCAUUUCAUAAACAUAAAAGCAAGUCAGUGUUCAGAGGAUGAACGGAGGUUGAAAAUUAUGAUCAAGUUUCAUAACUUUAGCUAUGUUGACUAUAACCAACUGCCAAGUCCCAACAUGACAUUGAUUGGGGAGGGGUGGUGGGAUGCCAAGAACAAUCGGCUAUGUGUCGUUGCCUGUCGAAUCUUGAACACCAUGCAGUCUCUCGCUAAUGCUCACAUCGGUGAUUGUUCAAUUAGGUUGAGUUUGAGAUUCCCAGCAAUCUGGUUGAUCAGAAGCAGAAGUAACAUUGUGGGGCAAAUUUGGAGCAACAAAACUAUAGAUGAUUCAGGGUACUUUAAUAGGAUCAUGUUUCAAAGUCCUGAGAAUAUAAGGCUGGAGAUUCCAGGCUUGAAAUAUGAGUACACUGAAAUUGACAGGGCAGGAAAGCUAUGCCAGAAAAAAAAGUGUGCUGAAAAUAAAGGGGAAAGAUACCCGAAUCCAAACGACUUUUCUUUUGAUAUGCAGUUUGACAUGAUGGUUAAAAACUCCACAGGAGUGAUGGCAUGGGGCUCUGCAGCCCCUUUCUUUGUGGGUGAUAAUCUUUAUGACCCUUUUGAGUAUGGCAUUCCUUCCUCAAGCUCAGAGCCAGGAAGCUCUGUAGUUGAAGCAAAUGCCAGGCAUAUUAGCCCAGUGAAUAUCAGCUACAAGAUAAGCUUCACAUUGGAACCUGGUGCUGAAUUUGGUGGUAUCAUCAGCCCAUUUAGCGAAUCUUUGGGUAGGCAUAUGAAAGUAGAUAUUUCUGCUGAAGGGAUUUAUGAUGCCAAAACAGGAGGUCUGUGUAUGGUAGGCUGCAGAAGGCUGAGCUCAAAGGCUCAUAUUUUGACAGAUGACUCUGUAGAUUGUGAGAUUCUUGUGAACCUUCAAUUCCCUCCAUUAGGUUCAGGGAAUGAAGGGUAUAUCAAGGGAAGUAUUGAAAGCACAAGGGAAAAAUCUGACCCUCUUUACUUCGAACGUCUGGAUUUGUCUUCAACUUUUUCUAGUAAGUUUGAAGAAAGCUGGUUCAUUGGGAGGAUGGAAUUGGAGAUCAUCAUGGUUCUGAUGUCCAACACCCUUACAUGUUUCUUUGUGGGAUUGCAACUCCUUCAUGUGAAGAAGAGCCCUGAAGCCCUUCCUUCUAUCUCAUUAGCCAUGCUUGUAAUUCUUACUUUCGGGUUCAUGAUCCCUCUCGUGAUGAACUUUGAAGCCUUAUUCUUGGGAAGCUUUACUGAUCAAAAUGUUUGGCUUGACAAUGGCAGAUGGUUUAAAUUGAACAAUCUGCUCAUACUGGCUGCUUUUCUGUUGCAAUUCUGUCUUCUCCAUUUCACAUUGUCAGCCAAAUUAGGCGAUGGAAAACAGAAGGGCUUGUGGGCGGCUGCAGAGAAGAAUGCUCUCUAUCUGUCCUCACCAUUAUAUAUAGCUGGCUGCUUAAUUUCCAUUUUUCUGAACUGCAAGCAGAACAACCUGCCUUUUUUCCACCUUAUGAAUUACCAGCUGCAUUCUCUUUGGAGGGACUUGAGAUCUUGUUCUGGAUUGGUCCUUGAUUGGUUCCUUUUACCUCAAAUCCUGCUCAAUUUGUUCAUAGACUCAAGAGAAAAAGCUCUUUCUCAUGCAUUUUACAUUGGAACAACUUCCAUCAGAUUGCUCCCACAUGCAUAUGAAUUGUACAGUGCUUUGAGCUUUGCCCGAGGCUUCGAUGGGUCAUGGAGCUAUGCAAAUCCUGGUGCAGGCUUUUACACUACUGCUUGGAAUGCCAUGAUUCCUUGUGGGAGUCUGCUGUUUGCUGUGGUCCUCUUCUUGCAGCAGAAAUAUGGGGGUCUAUGCAUCCUCCCCAAGAAGCUUAAGGGCCAGAAGUAUGUGAGAAUGUAG